AUUAUCACCGUUCUGAGAUCGUGCCGAUCCUUGCAGAUAUCAAGAGCUUAGCUUGAUCUUUUCCUCGUUUUCGUUAAUGUUUGUAAAGCGUUCUGCUAACUGAGUUGCUCAUCUUUGUGCUCAGCAUGCAGCACAGCAUAGGAUACCUUCAUCCUGGGCCUCCCAGCCCCCUUCUUUCUUGCUGCAGUGUUUGUAGUUUGAUUGUAGUUCAGAUGUUUAAUGAAGAGAAGUGCUCUUGAUCCUUAAAAAAAAGAUGUCAGCCCCCCGGCGCUCCCUCGGCUUGACCGGGGCCACGAACUAGGAAGGGAGAGAAACGUGAUCAAAUUUUCAGGCUUGCCUGCUGCGGGAGGAGCGCACGCCGCACAACAAUUCGGGCCGCCCCUUUGCUAGGGCUCCCGCUGCGGUCGCGGCGGGCCGCUCGUCUCCAUCUCCGUUGUUCCGCUUCGCCACCACUCCGACCUCCUCCGCCGUUAGCCUUGCUGCCCCGCCAUCCUCGGCGGCGCGGAUCCCCGUCGCCCGACGCCAAAUCCCGGCUGCCCACGCGCCUCCCCGCCGCCAGUCGCGUCUCCCCUCCCGCCGGCCGCAGUCGCGCCUCCCCGCCCGACGCCAAAUCCCGGCCGCCCGUCGCGCCUCCCCGCCCGACGUCGACGCGCCUCCCCUCCCGCCGGCCGACGACACCUUCCACCGACGAGGAAGAAGGCCGCCACCCCUCCUGCCCUCGUUCGCCUCUUCCUCCUUGCCUCAGCUUCCAGGGCAAGAUGAACGUGGGCUACGAGGAGGACGACUCUGCUGACUUCACAAAACAACAGGAUGACAACGCCCACGAUACUAACAAGGAGGAUGGCCCUGCUGACUUCACAAAACAACAGGAUGACAACGCCCACAAGACCAACAAGAGUAAAAGGCCUAUGGAAUCCUCACUAGCAAGCAUGGAGACAGGUUAUGACUGCUUCUAUGCAUUAGAAGAAGUAUAUUUGCUUCAACAAAGGAAUGCUUUAAUGAAGGAGAAGCUAAACAAGGCAAGAGCUAAAAAUGCUUUAAUGAGGGAAAAGAUAAACAAGGCAAGAACCGAGAAAACGACACACCUACAAGGGGGUGCAACCAAUGAAACAUUUUCAGCUGAAAUGGACAGACCAAAAGCAUUGGAAAGUCAGCUUUCUGCAGAAAUAAAGCUCCAGGUUCAAAUGCAUAAUGAACAGAAGAGUGCGUUGAAACAAGCACAACUCGACCUUCAGAAGGCUGAGCAAGACCUUGAGUGUGCAAAAGUCAGACGUAGAAACCUGCAUAACCAACUUCAGGAUCUUAAAGGUACCAUUCGCGUAUUUGUUCGACUAUGCCCUUUAUUGAAGGGUGAGCUAGGAGACGCUUUUCAACCAGUGGAGGGGGAUGAUUCCAUUAUACGGUUCAAGCAUCCAUUGAAAUCAAUCACCAUUGAUAAAGUGUUUCGGGAUAAUGCAUCUCAAAGUGAAAUAUUUACUGAAGUAUCACAAUUGCUUCAAAGCGCAAUUGAUGGCCAGAAGGUAUGCAUAUUUGCAUAUGGUCAAUCUGGUUCUGGAAAGACCCACACAAUGAUGGGUGAACCUAAGAAAGGUGAUGAAAUGGCUGGAAUCAUCCCUAGGACUGUGGAGUUUGUCCUCAACAAUAUCCAAGAUACAGGAUGCAAAAUAAAGAUAUCUGCAUUUGAAUUAUAUAAUAGUACCGUCCAUGAUUUGUUUGUUAAAAAUGGUGGUGCUGGAAAAUGUAAAGUACAACAUCCAAAUGAUCUGACAGUUAUUCAUGCUACUGAUGUUGAAGAAGUGCUUCGUCUACUGAGGCAAGCUACCAAAUACAGGUCAACUGGGGAGACCAAGUUAAAUAAAACAUCAUCCAGAAGCCAUUGCAUAUUUCAUCUUGGAAUAUAUGGUGCAAACGAUGAGGCUAUUGGUGUGAUCAAUUUGAUUGAUCUUGCUGGUUCGGAAAACUAUGAUGAAAAUGCUACAAGGGAGAUGAAAGAUGAGUCUAAGCAUAUUAAUGAAAGUUUGCAUUGGUUGAGAUUAUGUCUGAAUUCAAUCGCAAAUAAGGAGAGGCACAUUAAAUAUAAAAGCUCAGCCUUGACAUCCUUGCUUGAGCCGUACUUAAGAGGAGAUUCAAAGACAAUUAUGAUAGUUAAUGUGUCGCAAGAAGCGUCGAAAACCAAAGAAUCUAUGAGAAGCCUAAAAUUUGCUGAAAGCGUAAAAUCUUGCCACCUUAAGGAGGUUUUCAGCCCCUUGUCGAGUUGGAAGUCGGGCGGAAGAGUGGUGCUUUUCAUAUCGAGGGAUCCUUUUCUUUCUAGGGUGUGUCUUCUAUUGCCACGAACUGUGUUUCGGGUUCAAAUUUUAAACAUGGAUAUGUUGUAAACUUGGUUUCGGAGAUAGCAGUCCUUGAGUAGGAGUUGUUCACAACGAACUGUGCUUGCUUUCCUCAUACUGAGCAGCAUUUGAUCAAUACCUCGGUGUCUCCUCAUUUUCUGCUCAGCCAGGCGCAAAGUUUGGAAGAACACAGUGGUUCGCUUCCUAGAGAAUUGUCAAGCCAUUACUGGAAAUGAGAUGCUGCCUCCUGCUGGCGGAUCUGUUGGUACUUAGCCAAAGAAGAUGCUAUUGGUAAAAGAGCCUAAAACGAACUAAGGUUUUGGAUGAAGAUGAUCUCCCAUUUGAUGUCACGGAAGUAACUGUCAUCAACCUGCUUAGCAGACUCCAAGAACAUCUUUCAGUUUACUGCAUAUACUUUCCGUCUAGUUAGUAAAAAACUAUUGGAUUUUUCUAACAAAAAAAAUCUCUGUAUAAAAAGACUAUUCUAUUUGUCUAGACAUGAUAGAGACUUGUAUUCAACCUUUUUCGUCCA